AUGGUGAAUGGGAAUCUCAACGAAUGCAUCCAAUCACUUUCUGGCAUAGUUCAAGCUACAAUCGAAAAAGUCUUACAAGAUAACGAUAAAAAUUUUUUAUUUGAAAUACCUGAUGAUUCUUUGUUCAACAACGGGAAUAUACAAUUCAAAAAUUUAUUGGAGAAUAUAGACUUGGACUAUAAAGUAUCAUCGAAUGAUAAUGCUACAGAUCAAGUCAAAUCCCAAGUUGAAAUUUACAAUGACAAUGUUGAUAAUAAAUGCAAAGAAUUUGUUGUGUCAUCAACAUUUUUAAAUGUGAUAAAUGCAAGAGUACAAGCAUUUGUAGAAUCCAACAUGGCUGACAAGACUGAUUUUUUUAAUGCAAUUUCUUUGAUUUUGGAUUUUGAAGUGUCAUUAUUUCUUAACGUUGAUCCAAUUUUAAAGCAAGUCUUUUAUGAUAGCAUUCUGAAAAUUACAAAACUAUUGUUUCCUAUUUCAACAGCAAUUAUCGAAACAUUUUGGUCUUCUUUGGAGACAAGAGUUCCGAUUAUUUUGAACAAGUUAUAUAAAAAUACACCUUCUGAGAGGAUGGCAUUGUUAGAGAUGUGCAACUAUUUGACUGAUAAUUUGAUUGUGAAGAAUAAAGAAGGACAAAGAGACUCGUAUAAAAAGGAUAGUUUUAAUGACAGGUUUCAGGCUAGAGUGAGAUUUUUUAUAGCAGGCAUUUUAAACUUUGAAGACAAUACAGGAUUGAAUAAGUAUUUUCAUGUUUCCAAUAGAGCUUCAUCUAGUAUCCAAACCAAGGAUCCAUAUUUGGAAGAUCUUCUUGAGAUACAGAGACUUUUCAACAAUCCAUUGCAAUACUUGAAACGAGAAAACCAAAAAAAAUUACGAGUGCUUGCUGGGAAAGUUGCACAAGUAACUAAGGAGUUGCUAAUUCAAGAAAAGAUUUUCAGGGCUUCCCAUCCAUCGUGGGACCAGUUUCUUAUUUCACCACCAAAAUCAAAAGCUGAGAGAGAUUAUUUGAUAGAGAAAUUUUCUAAAUCAUCAUACGUUCCUGAGAAUUACUUUCUUUCGUUGUUUCCAAAAAGUGACAGAAAACAACAAGCGCAAGAUGCAGAGAUGUUGGAUGGUAUAAUGAGAAAGCCUGUGGCGAGAAUGCAAUGCAUUCAGCUGAUUUAUAUUGUUGCACAUUUCUUCUCGGAGUUAUCACUUAAAAAUAAAAACCAGUUUUUGAAUUCAAUACAUGCCCCUCCUACUAUCAAACAUUUUGUGGAUGGUGUUUCGCCUGAUGACGUUGUGUCAUCAUUUGCUAGUGUUAAAAAAGAUAUAAUGCACACUCUUAGGGCGAUUGACUCACAUUGGUUGUUUCUACUUCAACAUUUAACAUUGUCUGAAAAGAAUUGGUGGAGUUGGCUCACUUACGGAAAAGAGUCUAAAACAAACAAGUCAUUUUUUUUCGAUAAAAAUUUAACGUUGGAUGAUAUCCACAAUGUGGAGAACACGUUCAAGAGUAUGUACCCAUAUAAAGAUAAGAAAUAUUUCAAUACAUUUGUAACUCCUCAGGUUACCAGAAAGAUGAAAAUUCAACGGGGGUUAUCUCAAAUACAGGGUGCUGAUGUAUUUUCAAUCAAUGAUUCCAAAUUUGAAAUUGACAGUAUAGACAAUGAACUUUCUCAAACAACUGACGCUAAUAAUAGAAAUGAGCUUUUGGAAAAAAAAUCACUACUCACAUGGAGAGUGUUGCGAGAACAGAGGUCAUCCGACUGGUUGAAAGCUACCCAGGCGUUGCGAGCUCAGGCGGUAUUGGAUCAAGAAAUGAAAGCUGAUAGUGAUAGACAGGAAGUCGAUUCCCAGGAUGACGCUAAAUCUCAAAAAAGAUCCUCGAUUGAUUCUGAGGAGAAGGAGCUACCAGUAACCAAGAGAAUAAGGUUAGAUGAACAAAACAUUGGUGAAAACUCUGGAAAUGAACCCGAAGAGAAUUCUCAAAAUCUUGAGAUCAAUGAAGCUAUUGAUUCCAACAAGGACAGUAAUGGUGAAAAUCAUGAUGCAGUCGAUGUGGACAUUAAAGAUCAUGAUAUGUAA